AGGCUCUCGCGAUAGCAGAGUUUUCCCGUUGAGAAGUGUAGUAAAGAACGUCGAGGGAGCGUCGUCCUUACUCAGAUAAGUGGUUGGUGUCGUGGAUCGCUAGGACAAAUUCCUUCGAUUGCCAUUUUUUUUUUGCGCACUCAUGUCAUUCUUAUGUUAAGACGAAUAUUUUUCCAAAUAUAGGUAGCUAGAUAGAUCGUUUGCGAAAUGGAGGUCAAUUCAGGCACUCGAUCUCCGAGAGAGGAGGGAGAGCUUGAAGAUGGGGAAAUUUGCGACGACGAAACGGACGAAAAGCUGCUACCACAGGAAGGCAUGAGGCCUAGAAAUGCUAACUCGACACGGUGUAAUCGAAAAUCUAAAGGUCCGGUACGAACAUUGCCUCCCAUGAUGGGCUCCCCAGCUCAAGAUUUCCGUGUGAUGAUGCCCUUUAAUCGUGGACCCCACUUGCAUGGCCCUUUCCCCCCUAGCCACAGACAGCAAAUUGGACCUAGUGGACCAGACCGGUUGUUGCCAGGGCAGGAUUGUGACCCUAGUCCGCGAUCUAGUUUUUGGGAACGCAGUCAUACCACAUUAGGUAGAUUACGAAAUCGUGGGAAAACGAUAAAUGACGGACGAGGCGACUGGGCCCGAGGAGGCAGAGGAGAUGGCGGUGGGGGUCCGAGAGAGAAUGGAAGGCCCCCCGUGAGUCGGUAUGCCUUUGGGGACAGUCAUUUAAAUAGAAAGGAAUCUCCCCAGAGAAAACAAAAGCAAUUUGGAAGAAACCAGACAAGGAAGCAGGCUUACAGCGCACAAAAGGCAGAGAAUGGCGUUGAAGAGAGCUUUGAGGAUUUGCUCAUCAAGUACAAGCAAAUCCAGCUCGAGCUGGAGUGCAUUCGUAAAGAAGAGAAUAUGGCUCUCGAGCCUGUUGUUCCGAAGCAGGCAGGGGCUGCUUCUGGUGUUACCACCACCCCAGAGGCAGAAGUAGAGAUGGAGGUGCCUGAUGUUGAGAAGGAGACUGGUACCUCAGAGCAGCUAUCAGAACCCGAGAAGGACGAAAAGAAAAUCUUCCAGGCCUUCAACAUUAAGCCCUUGAGGCAGAAGCUCCUGACGCCAGCUGAGAGGGAUGCUCUUAACUCCAAGACGGAUGAGGAGCCAGAGAAUAAAGAGGAGGAACCCAGCGCAGAAGAACAAACCACAACAGUACAAGAAGUGGCAGCACCAGGAGCAGUAGCGGUGGCAGUGGCAGCACCAGCACCAGGAGCAGCAGCACUAGAAGAAGAAGAAGAAGAAGAGGACGAGGAAGACGAGGAGGAGGAGGAGGAAGACAAGGACAUUGAGUCAGACUUGAACAUAUCCUGUUUAUCCAACUCACAGGGCUCCCUACUCAAGAAGGGGAAGGGGAAAGGGAAGGAUGAGGAUGAAGACAUGUCUGAGCUGCAGCUGCGGCUGCUCGCCCUGCAGUCAGCCAGCAGGAAGUGGCAGCAGAAGGAGCAGCAGGUGAUGAAGGAGAGCAAGGAGAAGAUCACCAAAGCCAAGCCCGCGCAGCCCGACAAGAGUGGCAGCCCCCAGGACCGGGUCAAAAUGGUGACCAGGUCCAGCACGGAGAAGGCAAAGGCCCUUGCGGCCGCCUCCGCCAAGCCCCAAGAGAAGGGGAAGUCCGGAGCUGACAAGGGCAAAGCUGGCACCAAGGCUCACGCUGCAGGGAAGAAGACCACCAGCCCUGCAGGCUCGGCGGCGAAGCAGGCGUGGCGGAUGCAGCGGCUGCGGGCCUGGAAGCUGCAGCAGCAGCACGAGCAGGAGGAGCAGCAGCGCCGGCGGCAGGAGGAGGAGGAGGAGCGCAAGAAGAGGGAGGAGGAGAUCCGCAAGAUCCGUGAUCUCUCCAACCAGGACGAGCAGUACAACCGCUUCAUGAAGCUGGUGGGCAGCAAGCACCAUCCGCGCAGCAAGUCAGUAGAUAAUGAAAACAGGAAGUCCCUUAGCAAACAGGGAUUGGACACCUCAGGGAACCUCUACCAGUAUGACAACUACGAUGAAGUUGCCAUGGACACAGACAGCGAGCCCGAGUCACCAGCCUCAUCCCCAGUGCGUGAUCCCUUCUCAACUGAGGCGACCACCUGUGUUCCUCACAUGCCUGCCUUUCCUAUGCACCCUACUCCGUCUGGAAUGGAACUGGCCCAAUGUUUCCUGGACCAUUUCAGCCUUGUACACCCCUUGCCGCCACCGCCUCUGCCCCCAAUGCCCCCUCCAGACGAGCUAGAGCAGCCUCCAAAGCCCCCGUUCGCCGAUGAGGAGGAGGAAGAAGAGAUGCUCCUGAGGAAAGAGCUGCUGAAGUCUCUGGUCUGCAAACGAACUGUCAAGCCAGAGGAAACCGUGUCCGGUAACAGCGGCCCUCCCUCUCCCUCUCCCUCUCCCUCUCACCCGGUGAAACCGGCCCUUCUGCCAACACCCAGGAGCAACCUGACAGCAGUCAGCCUCAACACGGUCAUACCACAGCCCCGCCACGCCAGCAGCAAGUUCGCCCGAAGCGUUCAUGUUCCCCGUGCUCCGCUUGUGUUGCCCAGGCACAAGGCAGUGGUGGUGCAGCUGAACGACUCGGACGACAGCGACUCUGACUGUGACGCCACCGGCUCUCCAGCUCCCUCCCAUAGCAUCUUUGGGGGCCUGGAGUCCAUGAUCAAAGAGGCACGCAGGACUGCUGAGGCCGCAAAGCCUAAAGGAUCUAAAUCGGAGAAGGAGAACAAUCCUAUCCGAAUGCUGCCUGAUGUCAGGAAACUGGAACAUCUCUGGAAGGAGGAACUAGCGAGUCGGGAGAGGCAGCGGCUGUCCAGGCUGGCUGCUUUGAAAGGAGUUCCGUCUCCAGUCGGCUCUGACUCCGAACUCGAUGUUGCAGGGAAAGUUGCGACCCUUCGGCUCGCCGAGGCAGAGGACAAGUUAGCCAAGCACCGGACCCAGCUGGAGAAGGACGAGCUGCUCCUCAAGCAGCUCCUCCAGGCGGAGCUGAAGAAGAAGGAGUUCCUGAAGGCCGCUGAGACCAAGGUGACCAAGCUCCGCGAGCAGCUGAUGGCCUCGGAGAAGAUCGUCGGCGCCAACCGAGUGCUGCUGAAGAAGCUUCAGGAGCAGACGUACCGUGUGCAGCACCGCAUCACGCUGAAGCGGCAGCAGGCUCAGAAGCUGGAGAGAGACCUGUCCCAGGCGCAAGCCUCUGCGCAGGGUGGCACACUCAAGCGCAAGAACGCCUCUCUGCUCUACUCGCCUGUUAAAAUGCUCCGCACCGAUGGCGGCCCGCGCACCGCCUCUGAGCGUCACUUUGCCGACCUGAUCGCCCAGAAGCAGCGGCUGCAGCGGCUGGAGGCGGAGUACGCGCUGAAGAUCCAGAAGCUGAAGGAGGCGCAGGCGCUGCGGCAGCAGGUGGAGCAGCGCCCCGCCCCGCCUCAGAAACCCCCCGCCACCCCCUUCCCGGUGCCCCAGCCCUCCCUGCACGACCUCACCCAGGACAAGCUCACCCUGGGCAGCGAGGACCUGGAGCCCGAUGAGGACGAGCAGCCGCCCUCCUUCGCCACCGCCUCGGCCAGCAGCCCCAUCCUCACCUCCUCUGCGACCCCUGCCACCGUUGCUGCUGCUGCUGCUGCUGCUCCUGCUGCCAUCACCCCCACCUCCCGCCGACGCUCCUUCCACAACUCGGGCGCCUUCACCAAGCCCAAGCUGCAGAUCCCCAAGGCCCUCCACACCUCCACCCCUGCCAAAGAGGACCUGGCCAAACCUGCCAAGCCCACCAAAGCCAGUGCCAGUGCCGGUGGCAGUGCGGGCCCUGGCCUGUCCGAGCUCUACCUGGGGCUCAGCAUGGAGGAGCUGAAGCAGAGGUACCAGAAGUUUGCCAGCGUGGAGGAUCUGCUUCAGAGCGAACUAACUGCGCUAGGGGGCGCUGUGGGGGAGAAGCUUCCUUGUGGAAAGGCGAUCCAGGUAGAUGUGGAGCCCCUGACCGCUCCAGCCAGCCGUGUGGAGUUGAAGCCGGUUCCCUUUGGAGCAUAUCACAGUCCACUGCUGGCUUUCAAAUCGUACAGGUUCAGCCCCUACUUCAGAACAAAAGAGAAGCUGUCACUCAUCUCUGUAUCCCAUAGUAACGUCAUUGAGCCCAAAAAGUUUUUCUGUCGCUUUGACCUCACCGGGACGUGCAACGAUGACGACUGUAAAUGGCAGCACAUGAGAAACUGUACAUUAAGUGGAAACCAGUUGACCCAGGAUAUCCUCUCCUACAACCUCCCUUUGAUUGGCUGUUCAGAGAACAGCAGCACAGAGGAGAUCAGUGUGGCCACAGAAAAGUAUAUCAAAAAGCUGUUCGGCUCCAACAGAGAUCGCAUGGGGACGGAUCAGAAGGCGGUUCUGCUCGUGAGCAAAGUUAACGAGAGCAAAGGCCAUGUUCCUCCCUUCACCACCUGCAAGGAGAGGAGGAGAUGGAAGCCCGAGCCGCAGCGGCCACCCAGGCCAGAGGAGACUUCGGACGGGGAGAAGGAGGGUCUGGAAGGUCUGGAGGCCCCCAGCCAGAGCCAGUAUGAGGCACACACGCAGGCCAACCUGUUGGCUCUAGACGUCUGUGUCAACCCUGACGACAAGCGGUACUUUGACAGCGAGACGGACGACAUCUCCAACCUGGAGACGAGUGUUCUGGAGAGCCCUAAGGACGUGCAGCUGUGGAUCAAGCUGGCCUUCAAGUACCUCAAUCAGAAGGAAAUCCCUGCAACUGAACGUCUGGAUGCGGCGCUGAACACCCUGUCGCGGGCCCUGGAGGAUAACCGGGACAACUCGGAGGUCUGGUGCCACUACCUGACGCUCUUCUCCCGCCGCGGCACCAGCGAGGAGCUGCAGGAGAUGUGUGACAUGGCCGUGCAGCACGCCCCUGACUAUGACGUCUGGUGGACCUACAUGAACAUGGAGAGCUCCUUCGAGGGGAAGGACUUUGUGUGCGGCCGCAUGCUGCACUACCUGGUGCAGACAGCCGAUGGCGCUGGCGAGGAACGUCGUUCGUUCCGCCUGCUGGAGUCUCUGCUGUACCGUGCGCAGCUCAGUCUGUUUACCGGCCGACAGCAGAACGCUCUGGACAUCCUACAGAAUGCGCUGAAGUCCGACGGAGAGCAGAGUCUAGCGGCACACCUGGGCGCUGCGGACCGUGCUCUGGCCUGGCUCUGCCUCAUCCACGUGACCGAGUGCGGACGCCUACCCCCUAACCUGUACAACCCGGCCGACUCCAGCCCGUCCAGGGUGGUGUGCACCAAGCCCGCGCCCCAACCCUGGGGCUGGCCGUCAGAGCUGCGGACCCCAGCCGACCAGCUCGUCGGCCUCUACCAAGACGCCAUUAAGGGGUGCUCAGAGGAGGGGCCGUCCCAGAGCGAGUCGCCGUCGCCAACGCUGCCACUCCACGCUGACCUCGUCGCCCUCUACCGCCGCCUGGACAGGCUGAAUGAGGCAGUGACUCACUGUGAGGGUGUGCUGUCUGAGAGGCCUGACUGCUGCCCCCUGCUGGAGAGCCUGGCGGAGCUGCAGCUGGCGCGGGGCGAGGAGGAGAAGGCGCUGGCCGUGUGGCAGGAGGCCCUCAGGCAGAGACCGCACAACGCCAAGCUCCUCUACCACACCUGCAAGUUCCUGCUGUGCCAAGAGCGAUCCAGUGCCAUUGACCCUUUGUUUCGGGAGUUUAUGUUGUCCUUGUGCGAGCCAGAUCAAACUGACCUGUGCCCGCUAGAUGUGCUACGCCACCUCCUGGGUCUCCCCAGAGAGGCCAUCCUCAGCCCCCCCAGAGUGAAGGCCUCCCUGCAGGGGACGAUCCGCCAGCAGCUGCCCUACCUCAGCCUCGUCCACUGCACAUGGCAGUCGGUGCACGGUGGAAUUCCUGAGGCCCUCAACGCCUUUGAGUCGGCCCUAGGCCGCACCAUGAGCCUGGAAGUAGUGCAGAAGAUCUGGCUGGACUAUCUGCUCUUUGCCAGCAGCAAGCUGGUGGGUUCACAGCCGGCCGCCCGCGACCUCAAGCUGUUUGCCGACCUGGUGCAGCGCUGCCUGGUCUGCGUGCCGACGCGGCUCACCGUGCCCUUCAGCUCCACCCGCUACUGGAGCUGCUUCCACUUCCACAACCAGGUCAUUGCCUUCUACCUGGGCUGCAUGCCGCAGGCUCAGCACCUGGCCGUCCUGGAGAGGCUGAGGCAGUCCAUGCCCUCCAAUCCGCAGCUGUCCAUCAGGUUGCUGCACCAGGAGCGGCGCGACGGCAGCGUGGAGCACCUGCGCUUCCAGAGCAGAGGGCUGUGCGCUAGCCUGCCAAACUGUCUGGCCUACUGGAAAAUAGCUAUCGCUGUGGAGAGGGAGCAAAAAGGAAAAGCUGAGGUGCGCCGCCUUUAUCAGCAGGCCCUCCAAAAGCUGCCUCUGUGUGCCACUCUGUGGAAAGAUCGUCUGCUGUUCGAAGCCGCUGAAGGAGGUAAAACUGACACACUGAAAAAACUUGUUGACAAGUGCCAAGAGCUGGGAGUGAGUCUGACUGAGGCGCUAAGCUUAGGCCAAAGCAGUGCCGCAGGAACGGAGCACUGAACAGCCAUACAUACCCUGUCUUUACCCUGCCGUGCGCUGUCUUUACGGCCCAAGAUUUGAACACAGCCAAUUAGACCCAGCCACCAAUCCCCCCCCCCCCCCCCCCUCCUGCCACCCUACCAUCUUCCUCCUCCCUCUCCAAAUUGAAAAGAAAAAACAAAACAAACAAAUUACGCCAAAACAGAUCAGCUGUAGAUUAGCGAGGGCCUUACUUGGCCAGUAUGUCAGACCUCCCUGAGCAGUGUUUUCUCACCGGGGCCCGCCACGUGAGCGAGCGUGUGUGUGUGUGUGCGCGAAGGCAAGCGAGCGGCUGGAGGCCUACCAGCGGGAAGACUAUGAACUCUCCGUGGCCUCUAGUGCCAUACACGGGCCUCUUUUGUCACCUUUGACAUCAUGUACGUAAGUAUUGGAAAUCUGAUGACACCUGUUGCUACCCCUACCCUCACCCCCCCCCCCC